UCRGUGUUAGCUGAGCUCUUUCACUGAAUGAAUUCAAGCAACCCUACUGUUGCUUUCUGAAAUGAGCUGUGCAUCUUGGAAGAGUAUACCAAGACUUCUUUAAUGUGUGAAGUCCUCGKCUGAAACACGAUGUCAAAUGAAAGCAGUUUAGAGCCAACGCUUUCUACGACAACAAUCAGUUCAGUUGCUGUUCAGGCUGGGGAUUCCUGUAUAGUUAUAGCUGUACUUAAGUGUGGAAAAUGGGUGAAUCUUCAACUGGCUGAAUCAACACCAAAUUUAUUAGAAAUUGGCAGCAAUCAAGAUGAGACUCGAAAACUAUUGCAAGAUCAUGAACUCCUCCUGGCUAAACUUAAGACUUUGGAAGAUCAAGUGUGGAACCUGCUGGAUGAAGCAGACAAGGCUGCAGAGGAGAACAAAGAACAGAGCCAGGUGUAUGAUGCUAUGGCCAAGACCCUUGGGGCUGCAUGGGAUGCCCUCAUCGUUAUGCUAGAGAAGCGAAGGGCACUUCUGGAACUUACAGCAGUAUUCUUCGAAAAUGCUCUGGAGUUCGCUGUUAAAAUUGACCAAGUUGAAGAUUUCCUGAGAAAUACCCAAGAGUUUGAAAAUAUUGAUUCUUUGAGAGAACUCCUUUUGCAACAAGAGCAUCAUACGAAAGAGCUCUUGGAAAAGUCACUGGCCCUCUUAAACAAAAGUCAAGAACUAACUGAAUUCAUAGAAGAAUUCAAAUCUGAGGGGCCAAAUGCAAAUCCCGAACUGAUUCAGGGAGCCCACAGCAGCUGCUUGAAAAUUGACAGCCUCCUUGAACUGUUACAAGACAGGAGACGGCAACUGGACAGAGUUCUUAAACAUCAGCGCCGGGGACUGGAGCAGCUUCUGCGUAUUUGCCUGUGGCACCAACAAGAGAACCAGGUAACAUCUUGGUACAAGAAGAAUAUCAGAGAUUAUUUUCAUGGGCAAAGCCUAGGCUUGUCUUUAAUGGAAAAUGAAGAGUUAAUUCAAGAGCAUAAUGAAAUGGAAACCAAAGUGAAAGAAUGGAAUUCCACUGUGGAGCUACUGAAGGCUGAAGGAUUUAAGAUCUUGCUCUGGGAGGACUCUGUAGACAAAGAACAUCUGAAACUUUCAAAUCAGAAGAUYGGUCUGCUGCAGGAAGAGGUGUGCUGCCACAUGGAAGAAAGGAAGGCYCUGCUCCAAGAGGCCAAUGUCUUUUUUAAUGUUGCUAAUAAGGCCCUUGGUGCUCUUGAAGAUAUAGAGAAUUACCUUAAAAUCGUUAAUUCGGAAGGUUUGAGUUUGCCUAUUUUGGCAAUGAAGCAUGAAGAAUUACAGGAAGAAAUUAAAGAGUGUGCAGCCAGAGCCUUGCAAAAGGGACAAACCUUAGUUAAUAAAGCAGAAUCUCACAGCUCUUGGGUAAAGGGAAUUCAGAAGGUGAYAGAGUGUAUUCAGAAAAAAGUACAUCAACUAAUUGGGCAGUGUCCAAAUUAUAAAGAACUUACUUUGAAGAAACAACAAUUGACUGCAUCACUUGAAGAUCAUCUAAAUAAGGUAUCACAAUCAAUUAAAAUAAUCAGACCAAUAAUUUUUACUGGUAUGGAGAUUGGUUCUUAUUUGUCCGAGUCUGAAAGAGUAUUGAACAAACAUAUUGAACUGGCUCAUCAAACAAAGGAAGCUUCACGUGAACUGGAAGCAGCUGAGAAAGUCAUAAAAGWUUUGGAAGAAUUUGAACCUGUGAAAGUGGCAGCAUUUUCUAGCAAAGCUGACAUUUUAAAUGAAGAAUUGAAAAAAAUUAAAAGAAAUAUUAGUUCAAAACUAGAAAUUCUUGAAACUUAUGUGCCCUUCUUAAAGUCGACAAUGGAGGUGAAUGACCAUAUUCAAAAUCUGAAGGAGCUGUAUAAAUCAGAAGUCCUACAAGCAAACAGUGAGGUUGAAAAUAAAUCUGCAAUUGAGUCAGCUAAUAAUCAGUGGCAAAAGGCUAUAAAGAACAUUUUUUCCACUCAAGAUAUGGGUCAGAGUUUUCUUAAUUUAGUAAAUAUGGUAAAUAAGAGUUUAAUAUUAGAAGUAGAAAAAUCUGUACGAGUAACAGAGGACAUCAUUAAUAAUCUCAGUAAAGAAAAGAAAGAGCUGACUGAUCUUUGGGCAGUCUGCAAUUAUAAAGUUAAUGAAGUAAAACUCAUCAAACAGCAGCCCUGGAUAUUUAAAGAGCAACUCAAAAAGACUACCCAUGGGUUAGAGAUUGUUCAAGAUGCAUUCAGACUUGCAGCAAUAGUUGACCUUGGAAGUGACCUUCAUAGUAUUUUGGAACUACAAAAAACUCUUAACCAAACGAAACCACAGUUUCAGCAACUGAAUGCUGAGCUUGAAUACAUGGUAAAAUUAUUAGAAUUACUGAGCCAAGAAGGAUCUUCUAGCAAAGAGAAUUCUGAGAGAAUAAGUGAGCUGAUUCAUCUCCAGCAAACGAUAAAGGACACAAUGAGGGAAUAUGAUGACGUCUUCAGCAAGUCAGUCCAAUUUCAUCGUGUUAAAAAAGAACUGGAAUGCCUGUCAAAAUCAGGAGAACUGGAUAUUCCUGAAAUAAGCGAGGACCCUGAAGAUGUGCACCAUGCAAAAGCCCACCUUGUGAAUGCUCAGGAGAAACAUGCAUGGAUCAGACAUCUAUAUAGACUGGCUCUUAUGCAGGGAGCGUCUGUUGUGUCUGCUGUGCAGCAACCUAAUCACUUAAAUCUUUCUGUAAAGAAUCUGAAGCAGGAACUUGCUAGACUUGAGUUUGACAGCAUUAACUGGAGCUCCAAAGCAGAGAAGUAUGAGGAAGAGCUAUCACGCAAUUUCCAACUCUGUACCACUCAAGAGGACAUAAAUGAGCUCAGAGAAUCAUUUAAGGAUCUUAAAAAGAAAUUCAACAAUUUGAAGUUUAACUAUACUAAGAAAACUGAAAGAGCUCGAAACUUGAAAGUACUUAAAAUACAGAUUCAGCAAGUUGUUAUGUGUGCUGAGAAAAUACAGAUUCUUACAAAGAAGAUGGAUAAUUUAGAGACGAAAGUCAUUGAUUCUGUGGCAAACCAACCUAACGCUAAAGGCAAAGCCCUCUUAGGAUCAGUCAGUGAGUUACAAAAACAGCUGAGUGACUUUGGCCAAGUUGUGCAGGAUUACAAGCAAAAUCUGGAUCUCGUGGAGCAUCUGCAACAGAUGAUGGAAGAGUGUCAAUUUUGGUUUGAAGAURCGAGUGCAACAGUAGUUAGAGUUCACAAGUAUUCUUCAGAGUGUAAAACAAGAGAAGCAAUAGAGUCUCUCUACAAGCAAUUCAAUAAGUUUAUUCAGCCCGCAGUGCCUCAACAGGAAGAAAAAAUUCUGGAGAUUAUGGAGCUUGCUAAACGAUUAUAUGGUAUUGAAGAAGGAAAAAAAUAUGCUGAAAAGACUAUAUCGAAGUACAGAGAAGUUCUUAAUUCUAUUGAUGAGUUAUGUAGAUCUCUGGGAGAACUUAAGGAAAUUCAGAAAUGUGAAUUUGCUGAAGAGUUGGCUGCAGUACAAAAAGCAGAAACAGGAAAUGAUCAAGAUGCAUGUACGGAUACUACUGAAGACAAAGUAGGRGAACAAAGGCAAAAGGUUAGAUCAGAUAUUUUACACUUGAAUUCAGAAAGCAUUACAGAGAAGAAAAACUAUACUCGUUCUCCUUCUGGGAACACUAAACAGGAAAGGAAUAAACUGGCCAGUAUUCCAGUUAUCUGCCCAGCUGGUGAGGAUUUUGUUUCACAGGAUACAGAGCUGUCAUCUUCAGCCAAAGAGGAUAGUUUACAGACUGAGUUCCUGACAGAAGAAAUACCCUCUGGAGAUGAAUAUGAGUGUAUAUCACCUGAUGAUAUCUCUUUGCCACCACUUUCCGAGACACCAGAAUCCAACGUCUUGCAUUCUGAAACAGAGCUGGAAGAGCAGUGCUGCUGUAGUACUCAUAGCCUGCUCCUGUCAGCUCCUGUCAGCUCCUAUAGCUUGCACAUGCACAAAGAUGUUAGCUGUAAAAAAGGUGCUGAAGCGUCUGAUCUCUUAACAAAUUCUGCUUAUGCUGAUGCUACAAACAAUAGAAUGGAGAGCCCAUCAGAUCAGCUUGAGAAAUGUUGUAUGUCUUCAAUAGAUUCUUUUCCCAAAGUCAGAGGGGAAUCUCCUCUGACUCACUGCUCACAAGAAAUACCUGAAGCUAGCGCUGCUUCCUGCACAAUAAAUGCCAAACCAGCACAUAGCGUGAUAAGUGAAAUGUGCGAAACUCACCUGAAAUACCUUGAACAACACCAUAACAAAAGCAUGUCAGAAACACAAGAACAAUUGCAUGACUUUAAUAACUUUACUAAACCCCAGGAUGGGCUGCAUGCUUUGCCUGAUGCAUUCUCAGGUUUCGUGUUUCAAUCAGACACCAGCAGAAGCUGUCAGAGGCAGAUGGUCACCCGAGAAGAGAUUAGAAGUGCAUCAGAAAAGAACAGCAUGGCCAGCCUUUCUGGACAGGCGCCUAACUUCUCCCAGCUUCUGUCUAACAUAACCGUCAUGGAAGGUUCUCCGGUAACUUUGGAAGUAGAAGUAACAGGAUUCCCAGAGCCUAAACUGACAUGGUACAAGAAGGGCCAGAAACUGACUGCAGAUGGGCACUUAAAGCUUUUACAAAAGGAGACAAGGCACAUGUUGUUCAUUCAGAAGGUGUGUGAUAAAGAUGCUGGCCUCUAUGUUGUUCGGGCUAAAAAUUCUAGUGGUACUGUCUCAUCAAGUGCCAUUCUCCAUGUGCAAGUACAAGGAAAACAGCCAGACUUCAUACAAAGAUUUGGACAUACAACUCUACAAGAAGGGGAAGAUUUAAUCCUACAUUGCAGCAUAUAUGGAAGACCCAAACCACAAGUCUCCUGGACUAAGGAUGAUAUUCCAGUGACAGCUCAAGGAAGCAUCAGUAUUGAGAAAUUAGGAGACACCUAUUACCUCUUAAAAAGAAAUGUAGUCCUUGCUGAUAGUGGGAAGUAUAUCUGUGUUGCCAGCAAUGAAGUUGGGAAGGCAAACUGCUCAGCUUAUGUAACAGUGAUAGAGAAAAAUAGCAAUGCAGAAAUUUCCACUGUAACUAAGACUAAAUCAGAAUGGGAGCGUGAAUACCUGUCAGAAAAAGUGAGUGUCRCUACAGCUGAACUAGCACAAGCUCAGGACGCGUUUUACGUGAGAGGUCAAAGGCCUGUGGCGAAACAUCUGCCAGUAAGGUUUAAAGAGAAUCUCUGCCUUCAGAGUGUCUAUCUUGAACUUGUGAGGUCAGAAGAGAUCUGCUUCAGUUUGGACUGUGAUCCUCCCUUGGCUGCUACAAAGGAUCAGAAGACUGAACGAGACACCUAAUUUACUGCCAUUGUCUGCAGUGUUCCUUAGUGGGAUAUUGGCUGAGGGUCAGGAGAAAGGGAAUCUUUGAGUGCCAUUCAUUUUCAUUUAGGUUAUAAUUUGUACUUGAUUUCUCUA